AUGAUCCUAAUGGAGGAUCGCGUUGCAAGUAAGGUUGAUACCGAGGAUGGCACAGAUUUUGCAUCGAAAAAUUCGUCGACACCAGCCAUGGCAAACAACAACCCUACCUUAUACGAACAGAACAAUGCUGGACUCCAUACAAGCGAUUUCAAAACUUCUAAUAAUCAACAGAACCCCUACAAUAGACCAAAUCAGUUUCCAUCAGAGAUUUCUCACAUUACUCAUGGAUACCUAUCACCCCAAAAAUUGAUAGCUCGACUGGCGCAAAAGACACAUUCAGAUUUACUAGGCACGAUUAAAGAUUUAGCACAAUUACCAUUACCUACCUCAAAACUCAGUUCAAAUGGCUCAACAGUGACUAUGGCAGAUGAUAACUCUGUGGAAAACUUAACGAAAAAGUUGCGAGUACUAAAAUUUGCGACAGACGCACAUGAAGCCUGGACAAAAGCUUUAGUAAUUACAGGAUGGAGUCGAAAGGCAGAUGAUGUGAGCAAAAUUAUAGAUCUAAAAGUCCACUUGGACCAAAAGCAGAAUGAAUACGUGGCUGCUAUUGAACAAAUGGCCCAUGAUAAGAAAGGAUAUAUCCAUGCUAGGCUACCAAAUCCGGACAUAAAAACUGCGCUCGAAGUACUGGUGACGGGAAAGGUAUCCUGGAUGCCCGAGUUUGGCUACAUCACGCCACCACCACUUACUUCACAAGAGAUAUUAAGAACGCUUGAACAGUUGAAUACACUUCUCGCAAUAAGACUUAACCUAGAUGAAUACAACACAGUCCCAUAUCACUUCAAAAACUUUCAUAUUCGAUCAGGUCGUGUUACCUUUACGGUAAUAGGUGAAUUCGAGCUAGACCUUACUAUUGCAGAAGAAGCCCCUCAAGCUCAGUAUUGGUUCCUAGAUCUUCGAUUUAAAUUUUCGCCCUCUCUAAAAGUUAUUAAUCAUAGCUUGCGCUAUUUUCUAGAAAGUAGAAUAAAUUCAAUCUUACUUCAGGACGGAUUAAAGGGAUGCUACAACUUCCUUCAUGACUUAACCUUGACAUACAAGAUUGGCGAAUUUAGAAGACAGGCAAUUCAUUUAGCAAGAUAUAGAUGGGUUCACUCGGCUAAAGUGGAAGCUCUUAACCGCUCCACUUGCAUUCAAUAUUGGAUUGAUAGGUUCCAUCGAGCACCAAAAACGAUUAAAGCUCCAAAAAGCUGGCUAAUCUUAGGAGUUCAUAGUGGAACGUCAAAAAAUGGUCGACCUAACUUGAAAGCUACAAGAAGACUUGGAAUUCGAUGGUUUCGGGAUAACAAAGAACAAAAAGAUGUUGAAAUAUCUAUAGAUGAUGUCAACAUAUCUGCUGAAGCUCUUCUAACAGCAGUAGUAUCAAAGCAUAUUGCUUACAUCUUAACUUCUAUUUAUCAUAACCUAAAAGCCAAACCAUUAUACGCGAAGUGCGAUCUUUCCUUAUGCUUAUCAAUUUCCAAUAGCGAUUCAGCCAAGUCUAACUUAAAGGUACAGCUAACCACAGAGAAUUAUUUAACAAUUAAAAUUGAACCGAUAAGCGGACUUUUCGUUUUUGAACCCCCUACUCGAAAAUUCCUAGACUACCAACGCCGACUGAAUACACUGGUAAUUGAUCCGGCUGCACGUGCACAUGAACAUAUUGAGCUACUCAGGUACUCUUUAUUAUUUGAUAAUUUAUUAGGUCACGGAUGGACCACGGGGUGGAAGAAUAUCCGGAACCCUGGAGUAAAUAUCUUGGAAAUGAAACGCGUGUUCACCGACGCUGCUCAAGUUCUCUGGUUCAGAAGAUCUGGCUGGCCCGAGAAUUGGUACCUGACCAUUUCAAUGAAUAUGGCUGGGGAAAAUUGGCGAUUAGUGCAAACCACCAUGACCAUAGAUCCAACUAAUCCAAAUGGAAUGAUGAUUAUUUCAACACAGAUAAAAAUGCCUAUCAAAGUAGUUUCACCUGUCACAAAUUACAGUUUUAUGAUCACAUCUAGCAUAUUCUCUGCUGCUCUCAUAUCAUUUUACGAAAAUCUCAAAACUCUCUGGUCUCAGCGCAUUGUAUAUACUCUAACACCAAGUAUCAAGUCGGGGCCUUUAAAACUCCCACACAUAUACUUUAAAAGUUCGGAGAUUUUAACAUCGCGAAAUGUUUCUAGCAGUACUGGAAACCCAUGGGCAAAAGAUGCUAUUAGGCUUAGUUACCAUGGACUAGAGUCGGCUCAGCCCGUUUCGAAAGUUAUUGGAAAUACAACUGAAAACUCUACAAAAAACAGCCAACAUGUGGUAAUCUCCAAAGAUACGGCCGUCAUGGUUGCAGAGAUUCGGAUUAUGAAACCUAUUCCCCGACCAUUAUUGAUAUCCCGCAAGUUAUUUGGAAAAAAUACUGCAUUCCACUCAAAACUAGGAUCUUUUGCCUUUCGCCUCCGCAGUUAUGUCGGAGAAUCUGUAAUUUCUUCUCUUGUUCAAUCUCUUGAUAGUUUGGAGCUACUAGUUGAGUGCAUCCAAGUUCUGGAGAGACAUGAAGGGGCUUUAAAAUGCAAGUCGAUCUCUCUCGAAAGAAUAGAUUUCGCUUAUAGAAACGGCCCGUGUGUUGAAAGUAUCAGCAGUCUUAGUCCUAAUGAGCCGGUCUACAAAGCAGCAAUCGUCCUUACUCCCAAGGGGAAAAAAUUGGAUCUUCAAUUUGGAACGCAAAAUCCACAUCUUCGUGUUGCUGAUCACUUAAAUAAUCUUUUAAAUUCACCACAAGGCCUUCACAGCGUUGCAACUAUGCUUCCUCUCACCAUUCAGAUUUUAUGCGAAAUCGAAAAUAUCGAAGAUACUUGGGCGGCUUCUAUGUGUGAUCAUGGAGUCGUCAUAAUUAAUGCACGUGCAGUUGAUUGGUACGUUAUUCGCUACAAAAUAACCAAGUAUUCAACAAUGCCUCAUGCUUCCCGAGUAACUCGAACUUUUCUUUUCGACGCCCGUAUGUGUCAAAGACAGGGCGAGGUGUGGUGGCACAUUCGUCGCCGUGGGGCAUAUAUUUCUGACGAUUUUCAUGCCACAAAAAAAGACGAUCUAGAUCAACUAUUGGUACCUUUUUGGCAAAGAAGUGGUAAUAGCUGGCAAGGAAUGAGAAGUAGUGCCGUCGCAAAAUGCGAAGGGGUCGCUGAACUUCUCCAGAAACUUGAUCAAAUUAUUCAGAACUUUGCCAAGAAUGGAGCUACCUGGUCCCAUGGAAUACCUCAAAAGGCGCAAACUGCGUCUAUGAUAUCUUUUCCUCCAAAUAGGCCAUUAGCUCCUUUAGUAUCGACACUGACUAUGAUGACUUCUGCCCCAACUGCAACAAUGCGGGCCGGAUCGCAGCUAAAGCAAAUAAAACCACAACAAAAUAAUAACUUAUCUACACAAAAUACUAAUGCAAACCACGGCGUGGGUCAGGCGAGAAAUAAUUUGAUUAAGCGAGAAAUUGUUGAAAUUGACUGA